GUAAAUUUUAGCAGCUGAGCCUGAUUGCAUAAUGGAAAUCUACCAGCGUAUAUUGCGUGAGAUGAUUUCAAGGGGGGAAAGGGAUGGCAUUUCAAAUUGGUCUCUUUGACGUGAAGGGAUUGGAAAACUUUGAACAGUGUUAUACAUGACAAGCAGCCAUGACUGACAAACAAGGCAGUGACAAGCUGACAAGGGUCGUGGUAAACGUGGAGGAAAUAUCUCCCGAAGAAAAAGUAGAGAGCAAUGGUGUGGAUCUUUCUGCUUCACACCAGGGGCAAAGUGUUGGGAAAAGGUCAUCAAUAUGGGAGACUGCUAAAAAUAAAAUCAGAAUUACCCCCAAAGAUGCCACACCAGUGAACUGGAAAAUGAUAGGACUAGUCUUCGUAUCAAUGUUUACAAGUUCCAUCAGUCUUACUUUUCUGUUCCCUUUCCUGCCAGAGAUGAUAUUGUUCUUUGGUUACCAAGAGACAGACAAGGGUUACUAUGCAGGGUUGGUGGCUUCCAUGGUGUUUGCCGGCAGAGCAAUGGGAAGUUUUUUCUGGGGUUGGUUGUCUGAUAAAAUGGGGCGGAGACCAGUCAUGCUAAUAACCAUAUUUCUGAAUGGCUUUUUCUGCUUGAUGUUUGGAUUCACCUUUAACCUUCCUAUGGCUCUUGUCACCAGGUUUUUAGCCGGUUUAGUCAAUGGCACAGUCGGUGUUUCUAAGUCAAUCCUGUAUGAGAUUUCUGAUGACACAAAUCAAGCCAUUGGCAUGUCCAUAAUUUCCAUGUCUUGGGGAGCAGGGAUAAUACUGGGGCCAGCUGUCGGGGGUCUAUUAGCUACACCAGCCAAGAGAUACCCCUCUGUGUUCCCCUCAGAUGGACUGUUUGGUCAGUUCCCCUACCUGCUCCCCAGUCUGAUUGUAGCAUGUGCCUGUUUUCUGGGUUUUGUUGUUGACCUUAUAGCUUUACCAGAAACCAGGAACAAAAAACAAGAGGAAUUAGUUGUUGAAAUUGAGGAAGAUAAUGAAGAACUUCAGAAAUUGGCUCCAUUCACACAGAAGGACUCCAGCAAGACGGACAAGAUGAUAUCGAUGUCCGCUGAGGACCUCCAUUGUCACACAGAGAGAGCAGUGUACGAGGUCAAACUGUACCAGUCCUGCCAGGAACUACACAAGUCACAUGACUCAAACAUGGCGGCAGGGGUCAGACAAAGGUCAACAUCUGAGAAUGGUAGAAUGCUGAUGGACGAAGUGGAAAAAGUAGAAGAAAAUAAAUCCAGGAGUGUCCUGGAUAAAGUGAAGAAAACAACUUUAUAUAAGAUAUUCAGUAUGCCUGACUGUAGAACAGCUGUUUUCCUGUACACUGUGUUUUCCUUCUCUGCUAUUGGUUUUGAGGAAAUUUUUACUGUCUGGGCAUCUACUAAAACAUAUUAUGGAGUUUAUCCCUCUGAUUGGAAAAUUGGGUACUUAAAACCAUUAUAUAAAUGUGAUGAUCCAUAUGUGACACCUCAAAUUACAGAGGAAUAG